AUGGCAGAAAAUCACAUGCCACCACCACAGAGGACACUGGGAGAUUACAUGACUCCCACUGUCAUUCCACCGAUUGGGACUGUUGUUCGACCCACUGUGGAACCUAACAACUUUGAGUUGAAACCUGCACUAGUACAAUUGGUGCAGAAGGAACAGUUUGCUGGAACCAGUGCAGAAGAUCCAUAUCUGCACAUUGAGAAUUUCUUACUUUUGAGCGAUACGGUGAAGAUCAAUGGUGUGACCAGAGAUGCUAUCUUGUUAAGAUUGUUCACUCAUUCACUGAAGGAUGAUGCAAGAAGAUGGUUACAAUCAUUACCUCAAGGGAGUCUCACAACUUGGGAUGAUCUGCAGACUAAGUUCUUGGCUCGGUUCUUUUCAGCACCAAAGAGGGCAAAAUUGAAGGAUGAGAUUACAGGGUUCAAGCAAAAAGAGUCAGAGUCUAUCUAUGAAGCUUGGGAGAGGUUCAAGAAACUCUUGAGGAAAUGUCCACAACAUGGAGUCCUAUCUCCACUUACAGGAAUCUCGAACCGUUUACAUGUAGAUCUGGCUCGUCUUCUGGAGUUGCAACAAAAUUCUCCGGGACGCGGAAUUUUGGGUUCUGGUCCGCAUGGUAAUGAUAAUUCCAGAGCGCGCCAAGUCAAGCUUGAUUUUCCUCAUUUUUCGUCAGGUGAUCCAACUACUUGGAUCGUGGCUGCGGAACGAUAUUUCACCUUCUACCAGGUUCCCUUACCAGAUCGUUUAAAUUUAGCUGUCUUCCAUUUAGAUGAACCUGCUGCUAGUUGGUUUUAUGGUUCGGAUCAGAAUGGUUUAAUGCCUGAUUGGCGCACGUUUUGCACGACUGUUCUUCGCCGUUUUGGGCCCUCUGAAUUUGAUGAUCCUGCAGGAGCCUUGGUUAAAAUUCAUCAAACUGGAUCUGUGUUGGAUUACCAAUCCACAUUUGAAAAACUAGUGAGUAAGGUGCCUGGCCUUACAGCUCCUUUGCUACGGAGCAUUUUUAUUUCUGGUUUAAAGGCCCAUAUACGUCGCCUUGUUUUGACUCAUAGACCUCAAGAUUAUCAUGAGGCCUUUUCUCUGGCACGUGUGUAUGAGGAUCAGUCUUCUGACUAUAAACCUUUGCGCACCUGGUCUAAUCCACCAAAACCUCCACCGAACCAGAUAAGCUCUACUCUAAGCUUAACCAACAAACCGCAUUCUUCUCUGCCCUCUUCGGGUCCAUUGGCUGCCAUUCCUAUUCGUCGGCUUUCUCCGACUGAGAUGCAGGUGAAACGUGAGAAGAAUUUAUGUUAUACAUGUGAUGAACCAUAUUCUUUUGGUCAUAAGUGUAAGGGUCGUGCUACUCUUCUGUAUAUGGAAGGAACAGAUGCUGAUCCGGAUGAUAGUUUUCAGGAGGAGGUUGUUGAACUCCCUACGCAUGAUAUUACUUCCGAAAUCAGCCUCAAUGCUCUUUUUGGCCACAACUGCUCGCGGUCUUUUCGUCUCACAGGGUCACUACAAGGGAAGCCUAUUCAAAUUUUGGUGGAUGGGGGUAGUACCCACAAUUUUAUAACAGAGCGUAUGGCUAAUUCUCUUGAUCUCACCUUGCAACAGGUGUCCCCUUUCCUUGUACAGGUGGGCAAUGGAGAUGCUCUGCGGUGUCAUACUUUUUGUCCUGCUGCCUCUUUAAUGCUUCAGUCCCACGUUUUUGUUGUGGAUCGUUAUGUGUUGGAUCUCAAAGGGGCGGAUGUGGUAUUAGGGGUCCAAUGGCUUGCGACUCUUGGGCCGAUUGUCACAGAUUAUUCUAAAAUGACUAUGACUUUUCAACAUUUGGCCACUAUGGUCAUUUUACAUGGCAACUCAAAUAUUGCACCCACAUCUGUCUCUUCAUGUUUUAUGUGUCUCACUAGUAAUGUACCAAACCAGCUUUCUAUACCCGCUCAAGCCCAAACACCUCCCUCUAUUCAACAAAUUUUACACAAGUUCCAAGAUGUCUUCGCCACCCCUUCAUCUUUACCCCCUGACAGAAACUGUAAUCAUUCCAUCAACCUCUUCCCAAACUCGAAACCUGUUCAAGUAAGACCCUACCGAUAUCCACAUUUUCAGAAGACGGAGAUUGAGAAAAUGGUUGCUGAAAUGUUGGAUACAGGUAUUAUUCAGCCCAGCCGUUCACCUUUCAGUUCACCCGUUAUUUUGGUCAAAAAGAAAGAUGGGACGUGGCGUUUUUGUGUUGAUUAUCGCGCCCUUAAUACCAUUACUAUUCCGGAUAAAUUUCCUAUUCCUACCGUUGAUGAACUGAUUGACGAGUUGAUUGGUGCCCAGAUCUUUUCAAAGCUUGAUCUUCGGUCAGGCUAUCACCAAAUAAAAAUGAAUCCACUGGAUGUUCACAAAACGGCAUUUCGAACCCAUAGCGGUCACUUUGAGUUUCUUGUGAUGCCUUUUGGGCUGUCUAAUGCCCCGUCUACCUUUCAGGCCGCUAUGAAUCACAUAUUCACUGGGUUUUUGCGUCGUUUUGUUGUCAUUUUCUUUGAUGAUAUUUUGGUGUAUAGCCCUUCUCUACAAGCACAUGAAGAUCAUUUAACUCAGGUGUUACAGAUCCUGCGGCAACAUAAAUUCUUUGUUAAAAUGAAUAAAUGUUUAUUUGCAGUGCAGGAGAUCCAAUUUUUGGGCCACGUGAUUUCGGCAGCUGGGGUUAGUCCGGAUCCUUCCAAAGUCCAGGCGGUGUGUGAUUGGCCGAUUCCUAAUUCUGUAACGCAAUUACGAGCUUUUUUGGGUCUCUCUGGUUAUUAUCGCCAUUUUAUUCGUGGAUACGCUAUGGUUGUUGUCCCACUUACUGAUCUUCUGUCCAAGGAUGCUUUUCAUUGGACUUCAGCAGCUGAGCAUGCUUUUGUUUCUCUUAAGCAUCUCCUUACCACCGCUCCCAUUUUAGCGUUGCCAAAUUUUCAGCUACCCUUUGUUUUGGAAGCUGAUGCUUCAGGGGUUGGCGUUGGGGCUGUAUUGUUGCAGGAUAGUCAUCCUAUUGCUUAUUUUAGUCGCAAGCUUUCCAAGCUCAUGCAACUGAAAUCUACCUAUCUACGUGAGAUGUACGCCAUCACUUCGGCUGUUGCCAAGUGGCGCCAAUAUUUGCUGGGAUCCUCUUUCAUCAUCAAAACGGAUCACCAUAGUUUGCAUCACUUAAUGACACAAGUGAUCCAAACUCCUGAGCAACAACAAUUUCUCGCGAAAUUGUUGGGCUACAACUAUUCAAUUCAAUUCAAAUCUGGCAAACAUAAUAUUGUGGCUGACGCUUUGUCGCGCCAACCGGAGGGGACUUCUCCUAUCACAGUCCCCACCCUGUUGAUUUUGUCUACACCUACAUCUCAUUAUAGUUCCAUCAUACAGACUGAUUUACAAGUAGAUCCCUAUGCUGCACAAAUUUGUAAUGAAUUACAAUCCAAUGCAUCUAAAUGGCCUCACUGGCAGCUCCAAAGUGGAUUGCUUUUUCAUCAUCACCGGUUGUACAUUCCAGCAGCUUUAUCACCGAUACCACUCUUGCUACAUGACUUCCACUCUUCCAAAAUUGGGGGCCACACAGGUGUUCGACGUACUUUCCUCCGUUUAGCAGCCAAGUUCACCUGGAACAAAAUGAAGAAAGAUGUUCAGGAGUUUGUUCAACACUGUGAAGUGUGUCAGAAAGCUAAAUCGCCCAAUCAUGGCCCCUACGGAUUACUACAGCCAUUACCCAUGCCGGAACUCAUAUGGUCCGACUUAACAAUGGAUUUUGUCACACAUCUUCCAACUUCAUCUGGGUUUACGGCGAUUAUGGUGGUGGUGGACAGACUUACAAAGGGGGCCCAUUUCGCGGCUUUACCGACGAAAUACUCUGCAUCUAAAGUAGCUACGGUGUUUUGGGACACGGUGGGGAAGUUGCAUGGCCUUCCCCGUUCCAUUCUCACCCUGCACCGUCGUUCUUGUAACAAGCUCAGCUUACGUUUUUAUGGGCCGUUCCGAGUGCUUGAACGUAUUGGGAAGGUUGCAUACCGUCUUCAGCUUCCUCUAACGUCUCGGGUUCAUCCCGUGUUCCACGCCUCUCUAUUGCGGCCGUUCUUUCCAGCUCAUCGUUAUCAGGUUCAUGAUCUCCCUACGGAAUUACGCACUCCACAGCACACACCAGCAGCUCUGCUCUCUCAGCGCAACGUUUGGAGACACGGUCGUCCAGUGGCCCAAGUCCUUGUCCAGUGGGAAGGGUUGUCGCCGGAGGAUUCGACGUGGGAGGACGCGGCGUUGUUAAAGGCUCCUCCACGAACCAAGGUCUCUUCUUUGGAGCACCCUCAUCACUCAAAGGUCAGCUCCGUUUCUGAUGAAGUAAUGCUGGCCAUCAAUGACUCACAGGUUUCUAUGCCAAAGGACACACCUAAUCCUCAUCCAGAAACCUCAGAGUCCUCAGCCAAUCAAGGUGCGUUGGGCCAGAUUCUUAUCCCUUUGACAACCGCUCAAGCACAGCCACCUGUCCCUAUUGUCUCAGCCUCUCCUGUCAUGGCUGCCAGCUGUGUUCCACCCAAACCAGACGCUUUGGACGUUUCUGGGCCAUCCAACCUCGUGGGCGAGGUUUGUUCUGAUGAGGAAGGAGUUGUUGUGACCCAAGUGGGUGAGCCCAAUCAAGGCAAGCCCAAUCGCAAUAGAAGAAAGCCUGUGUACCUAAAGGACUAUUGUCUUUAA